CUUCUGCAUGCUCUCCAACCGUCUAGCACGACCACUCCGCCGCUUCUACAUGGCCUCCGCCCGUCCCGUUAUUGCCGCAGGCGCCAUCCGCCUCUCCGACACCGAGGACAAGUUCGUGACUCUCCUCGACGAGUUCUCGCGUGGCUACAACCCCCCAAUCGAGUGCCGCAUUGCGGGCGGCUGGGUGCGGGACAAGAUCCUUGAUCUUCCCUCUCAUGACCUCGAUGUUGCGCUGUCCACGACGAGCGGGUAUGCGUUCGCUGAGGCAUUCGUCGCCUUCCUCCAUGAGCACGGCGUGACCACAGGCAGCGUGGGGCGCGUCGCUGCAAACCCCGAGCAGAGCAAGCACCUUGAAACGGGAACUACAAGAGUGCUGGGUUUAGAGUGCGACUUUGUUGGCUUGCGCAGUGAAACGUACACCGACUCUCGCAUCCCGGACCAGGUCAAGCUCGGAACGCCGCUCGAGGACGCCUUGAGGCGUGACCUGACGGUCAACAGCUUGUUCUUCAAUGUCCACUCGCGCGAGGUCGAGGAUUGGACGCGACAUGGCCUGUCUGAUUUGACGAAGCGCAUCGCGCGCACUCCGCUUCCUCCGAAGCAGACAUUCCUCGAUGACCCCCUCCGUGUCCUUAGGUGCAUCCGCUUCGCGUCCCGCUUUGACCUCGCCAUUGAGCCCGACGUGAGCGCAGCCAUAAUGGAGGGCGAUAUUAAGGCUGCUCUUAAGACCAAGGUGUCCAAGGAACGCGUUGGUAUUGAGACGACCAAGAUGCUUCAGAAGGCCCCACUGCGCGCCAUGGAGCUCAUUGACGAGCUCGGCCUCCACUCCAGCAUCUUUGUGGUGCCGGAUCAGAACAUCCAGCCGCCGCAUGACCGCGGAGAAGGUUUGAAGGCCACUCAAAUCCUCGCCGCUGUACUUGAGCGCGAGGGACGGUGGAAGGGCAGCGAGGCACUGUGGCUCGCGGCGGCCGUUUGCCCCUUCCGGGGCGCGAUCGCCGCCGAGAAGAAGAAGGAUUCGCCUGCAGCAGCAGUGGUGGUCUCAGAAGGUCUUAAGCUGUCUAACGAGCUCAAGCUCGGUGUGUCGAACCUGUUCGAGGCGGCCUCGCUCUUGGAUCCCAAGGUCCAAGGACGCGCGCGCAUUGGCACGACGCUUCAGCUCCCCGCCGUGAAGCCCUGGGAGAGCAGCAUUGUCUGGGCUGUGGUCGACCGCAUCUUGCCCACUUGGGAAGGAACAUGGGGCGCAGAACAGGACGCGAUUCUCGUGGAAUGGACCACAUUCUACGACAAAAUUGUAGCCCUCGGACUGCCGGAGAGUAUCAAGCAGCCCCCACUGGUCAACGGCAAGGAGCUGCAGGCCAUCCUGAGUCUGCCACCAGGCCAGCUUAUCCAGGUCAUUCUCAAGGCCAUCAACUGGUGGCAGCUGGACCAUCCUGAGAAGACGAAGGAAGAUGCAGCGGCGUGGGUCGCGGAGCAGUGGGCGGGCGAGGCUCGGGCCAAGUGGGAGGCGGAUAUCCCUCCCCACAUUCCAAAGGCGAAGAAGAAGGGCGCGGAGAAGAAACAGCAGCAGCAGAAGCAGCAGACUCAGAAGAGGCCAUAGGGGGGCGCGGCGCGCGGCUCUCCCAGUGCCAAGCGCCAAUGCGUACGAUAGACUCUACAUAGUACAUAUAUACACUUUACAAGCGAUCACCAAACGAGAUUGUGAAGGGUCGCAAUU